AUGGCCCUCUUUCAUUCACCUUUCAAGAACCUCCGCGGUAAGAAGCUGUACUGGCUUAUCAAGGUGGUCUGCGGUACAGCGUUCAUGAUGUAUGGCUACGACGCGGGAGUCCUUGGCGGGGUCCUCUUACAUCAACCUUUCCUCGACGCCAUUGGGAACCCAACUGGGAAAUACACCAUUCCAAUGAUUACCUCUUCAUAUAGCCUAGCAGCCUGCGUUACUGCUCUUGCGAUCUCAUUCUUCACUUUCCGCAUUGGUCGCCGUGGCACCAUCAUCCUAGGGAAUGUUACCGCGAUCUUUGGUUCUAUAAUUCAGGCGUCAUCGUACAGCAUUGCACAGCUGGUUGUCGGGAGACUGAUAACUGGGUUUAGCAUUGGCUGUAUUUCAUCAGCGGUCCCGACUUACCUCGCUGAGACGGGCAGUGAGAUCGGUGACCGAGGUCCCGCCAAUGCCUUCAAUGCCAUCCUCCUCAUUUCUGGUGUGCCGCUAGCAUACUGGGUCGACUAUGGCUUUAUCCAAAUGCAAAAUCAGGCAUCAUGGCGGAUUCCGAUUAUCCUCCAAUGUGUCUUUGCUAUCAUAUCUGGUGGUUGUAUGUACUUCCUACCAGACACGCCUAGGAUUCUUUAUGCCAAGGACAGGAUUGAAGAAGGCGAUGCAAUUUUGGCACAACUGAAUGAUGCGCCUAUCGAGUCCGAGAAGGUUCAGCAGACAAAGCGGGAGAUCUUUGCUGUUAUCGAUCAGGAACUGGAGGCAGCGCAUAGUUUGCACUGGAGCCAAUUCUUGACUAGCGGGAUCAUUGAUCGCACCCCAAUCAAGAUUGUCAGGAGACUCUGUAUUUGCUUUUGGUUGCCUAUGAUUCGAGAGUGGAUGGGAAGUAGCUUGGUCGCUUAUUACAGCACAAUUAUUCUUCAGCGGGUAGGGGCUGACCCGACGCUUAUCUCAAUGCUUGCGGGCGUUCUCAACAUUUGCUUUGCUUUGGGGUGCGUGCCAUUGUACUUCACCAUCGAGCGUGUGGGAAGGCGGUCGGUGCUGCUUUACGGCGCGAUGGCACUGACCGUACUCAUGACCAUUUUCAUGACGUUACAGCUCAUGGAACAGACAUCAUCCAUAUCUUGGGCAGCAAUUGGGAUCAUCUUCAUCUUCUGCGCUGUGUUUGGCUACUCAUGGCAAGGUUCUGUAUGGCUCUAUUGCAGCGAGAUCAGUCCUCUCGAGUAUAGGCAUAUUGGAGGCGCCUUUACUGCUUGCGGCGAGUGGCUGAUGACAUGGCUGACGGUGUUCGUGGGGCCUAUUGGCCUGGCAAAUGUUGGACCAAGUUUCUGGGCCUGGGUUCUGAGCGGGAAUGUGGUUGCUAUCAUAUUUGUGUACUUCUUGUGCCCGGAAACAGGUGGGAAAACGCUCGAGGCAGUCGACUCCCUAUUCACUGCAGGUCUUGCUGCUGGCAUCAAGAAAAUUGACGAGGACGUCGAGGAAUCGUGGGUCGAGGAAAAGGGCGACAACAGCGUUCCUCUGGCUGCCCCAAAAUAUUAA